AUGCUAGUAGCAAUGAUACAGCAGUUUCUGGCUUUAGGAAAAAAUUACUACAAUGAGGAACCGGGAUAUAUCAGAAAUAGUCCUGCUAGGUUUAGAAAAUUUAAAGAGGCUGCUGAUUUUGUUGGGAUUGAAACAAAAAAAUCUUUAUGUCUUGAUGUGCCUACUCAUUGGAAUUCAACUUUUUUGAUGCUUAGUACUGCUUGCUUGUUUGAAAAGGCUUUUGAAAAGUAUGGGGAGGAUGAGUCUUCUUUUAAAACUGAUUUGAAACAAAGCGUUCCUGAUUUAACUGACUGGGAAAUGGUUAGAAAAUUUGCUGAUUGUCUAUCUCACUUUUACUCUGUCACUUUACGAAUUUCUGGGUCUUUGUAUGUCACUGCUAAUAUGCAUUUCCAAGAAAUAUGUGAUUUAAAUGUAGUUUUGUGUGAUAUGAUUGAGAGUGAGGAUAGUGAGGGUGGUAGCUUGUAUAAAUAUGUGGUUGAUGAGUUAAAUGUUUUGUCUAAUGAGUAUGUUAGUUUGUAUGAAUGUGGUGGAAACAAUGUACAUUCUCUAAGUUCUCAGUCUGAGUUGGCUCAACCUCAAGGAGGCAAUGUCUUAGCCUCUGUUGUGCCUGGUUCAACUAGUACUAGGAACAGAAAGCCUGCUUCUGUCAGCAAUGCUAGAUUUAAGCAACAUAGAUUGGAAAUGGGAACUGCAAGUUCUCGAAAGAGUGAGCUUGAAAUAUACCUCAGUGAGGAUUUGGUAGAAGAUGGUGAUGAAUUGGAGGUUUUAUCCUGGUGGAAGCAAAAUGCUCAACGUUUUCCAAUUCUAUCAAAGCUUGCAAUGGAUAUUCUUGGUGUUCCCAUUUCCACUAUAGCUUCAGAAUCAGCUUUCAGUACUGUAGGAAGGGUUCUAGAUUGCUUUAGGAGUUCUUUAACUCCUAAAUUGGUGGAGGCUUUAAUCUGCACACAAGAUUGGCUAAGAGCUUAUAAGGCCCCUCUUGUUGUUGAAGAAUGCUUGGAUGAAUUGGACUCUUUUAAGAAAGAGUUGCCAAAUAUUGGUCCACCUGCAACUUGA